GCUCGGCGCUUUACGGUUGGUUACGAUUUGAGUUAUCGUGGAUCGUGCAUGUAGUACACAUUUGCUACUUGCUGGCAUAACUCGACGAGUGCGUUUAUUUUGUGAUAAAUAGAGGUGACUGGAACUGUCACUCGAGAAGCCGGCUUAAAAAUGACAAAUCGAGCAUGGGUUACGCUAGCCACAAACGACUCGUAUGGCUUAGGAGCUCUCGUCCUGGCGCAUUCGUUACGGCGAGUUGGCUCUGCCUAUCCAGCCGUUGUACUCAUCACACCUUCAGUAACCGACGCUAUGAGGGAGCGUCUUAGCGCAGUGUUUGAGGUGGUUACUGUUGACGUUCUGGACUCCCAGGAUGCAGCUCACUUGGCUUUACUGCAGCGGCCAGAACUUGGUAUCACCUUCACGAAGAUACACUGUUGGAAUCUAACCCAGUACGAAAAAUGCGUCUUCCUCGAUGCUGAUAUACUGGUAGUUCAGAAUUGCGACGAAUUGUUUGAGAGAGAGGAGCUUUCCGCAGCCCCUGAUGUCGGCUGGCCCGACUGCUUCAACUCUGGUGUGUUUGUCUUCAAACCGUCAGCAGACACCUUUAGUAGACUGAUUACAUUUGCACAAGAACGAGGGAGCUUUGAUGGCGGCGACCAAGGUCUACUUAAUUCAUUUUUCUCCAACUGGUCCUCCGACAACAACAAACGACUGCCUUUUCUCUACAAUGUGACGUCGGCCGCUUUUUACUCAUACCUGCCCGCGUUGAAACACUUUGGGCAGAAUUUGAAAAUCAUCCACUUCAUCGGACCAGCCAAACCUUGGCUUCAACAUUAUAAUUUUGAAUCACAAACCGUAGACGCUCCAGAGCACUUAAAAGGUUUCUUACAAGUUUGGUGGAACCUCUUUACUUCCCAAGUUCAUAAUCAGCUAGACGAAGCAAUGGGAAAUCUAGUACAGCCUUCGGAGAGUCCAAGAGAUGUCGGGGACGUAAGCGACCUCCUACCAGAUAUUGAACAAAGAUUAAACUAUGCCCCAUAUGACCCAGUUCCUGACCCUACAUCUGAAUUUCCGUGGCAUCAUCCUAAUAAACAAACGGAAGAACCGGAGUCACUAGAUUUACAUGUACAAGAAAUUAUUGAUCCAUGGGACUAUUAUCGGGGAAAUAUUCAGCCAAUACCAGAACAGUUUAACAUGUCCAGUGAAAAUUCCCCGGACCAUAAUGAAGUGCGAAGAAUUGCGUGGGAGCAAACAUAUUAUCCUAUUCAAGAACAUAAUACUGUUAAUAAUAAUUACAACCAACACAUUCAUCAUCACAAACCUUCUAAUAGCAAUAAUAAUGAUAGCUACCAUGAAUCUAACAAUAUCAAUACAGAUCACUUCUUUGCACAUAAAUCAGAUAAUGUUCACGAUACACAAAGCUUUCACAAUCAUUAUGUAGAACCAAUUCAUAAUACAUCUAUAGAUUAUAACAAUACAAACCAAGAGCCUCAAGUCGAUCUUAUACCAAAAUCUAUUCACACAGAAAACAACGACUUCACUCAUAAAUCAAUAAAAACCAUUACUGACAUACCAUCGGUUAAUCAUCACGUAUAUUGUGUUCAUAUGGAUCAUCAAAAACCAACCCAAAAGAUAUUAAACAAAGAAGAUAAUUGUUUAAAUGGUGAAGUAUAUGAAGACGAUAUAAAUGAAGAUGUCUUACCAAGGCACCCAUAUGAUGGCUAUUACUUAAGACACCAAGUGACAAUAGAUUCGCGAGGAAAAAAGCUAUGUUCUCAUGAAAUACCGCCUAGGUCUCCGUCUCCACCACCUGAGAGUCUAGAUGAAUAUGAAGAUGCGAUCGUUCCUACAGAAAAUGGUUUUUAUAUGGAAGAAAAAGAUGAAACUGGCGUAGCUGGAAACUUAGCGCGAGUUCAGCCUGGCGUACCUUUGCAGCGUGAAGCAUUAGAUGAAUUGUCGCGUCGCCAGGGUUGGGAGUCUGGUAAUAUUGACUACAUGGGCGCCGACUCUUUUGCAAAUAUUUGGGCGAAAAUUUCUCAAACUUUGAGUGAAGGAACUACGAAACAGCCUUCGCCCCCUAAAGAUUCUCCGCCGGUAAUGAAGGCACAAGAACCAGUACAAGACUUAACCGAAAAAGUGGCUUCUGUAUCUCUGGACGAAUCAAAUGAUAUACCGGUACCUGCAAGAGAAGCUGCUACUGCUGCAGGUAACACGGGUGAACCUAUUUCAGAAUCUUUACCAAACAUCCAAAUAAAUGUUCCUGAAAGUAGUCCUGAAUCGGUCCUAAGUUUUGAAUCUAAACCUACUGUUUCUAAAACCGAUGAAAAUACCGAAACAUCAGUAUCUAAAAUUACAGCGCCUGAUGUAACACAACCAGUAGAUAUUAGUUCUACUGAAAAACCUCUUGAAAACGCACCUGUUGUUGCUCCUCAAACGGAAAUUUCUGAUAUAUCCAAAAUACCUUCAGAACCUGUUGUUUCCUUAGAAUCGCAUGAAUCACUCGUGGAACCCUCUUCUCAAGUGCAUGUUAUUGAGACCAAAAAUGAAAAUGAUAUUCCUAAAAUAGAUGUGGAACAGCCUACUGAAGUGCAUGUUCCGGAAACAGCACCUGUAGUAAAAACUGUACCUGUAGCAGAAACUGCACCUAUAGCAGAAGCUGCACCUGUAUCAGAAGCUGCAGUUGUAGCAGAAACUGUUUCAGUUGCAUUGACUGAAUUACCAGAUAGUCCAAAGCAUGAAACUGAAUUGCAUGAAUCUAAAGAGGUACCAGACAAUGGUGAUGAUAAAAAACCCGAAUCGAGUGCUGCGACCGAUAUGCCUAAUAUCGAAACUGAAUCGCAUGAAUCCCUUCCAGAACCAGAAUUAUCUGUAGUGCCUGCAUCUGAACCUGCAUCAGAGCCUGCAUCAGAGCCUGCAUCAGAGCCUGCAUCUAAACCUGCAUCAGAGACAGCAUCUUUACCCUUACCAACUGAGACUGAAAAGAGCGAAUUAAAACCUGAAAUUACUGAACCACUAGUGGAACAAGUAACGGCAGCACCUACAGCUGACGAAUCUAAGUUAGAAGCUUCAUCAGAAAUCCCGUCUGAUAUCCCUGCAUUAGAUCCUAAACCAGUGACUCCUCUCCAAGACAAGCCGGAUACGGACUCCGUGCCUGAAAUCCCACAACAGGAAAAAACUUCUGAGAUAACGGAAAAGUCUGUUUCCGACAGUCCCCCGUUAGCUAAUACUCCAUCUACUGAAGAAGUACCUAGUGUCCCGGCGGUCAAAUUGGAGGAGCGUCGCAGGCCGGCGGCGAAACUGCAGCUGAAGCCGCCUUCUGUCGUCGACCCCCUGCCUACACCUGACAGCGAGUUUGAAGAUGCCGCAUCCCUAGCACAGUCCAUCAUUGCCAGCGAAUUGCGUACUCCAACAGUCACAUCCGCAUCACCACCCGCUGGUACCACUUCUCCACAACCACAAACACAACAAGAACGACUCGAUGUCAAAAAACCUGACGUUCCUACACCACCAGUGGGCGCCGUGUCUUUGUCACAAAUUGGCGUCAAACCUAAAACAAAGUCUACCACAGCCGCCCAAAUAGAAUCGUCGGUAACCGAAAAGACUGAGGCUGAACCACCCAAGAAGAAAAUUGUCAAGAAAGUAGUGAAGAAAGACAGUGCCUCUAGUGGUGAAGCGCCCGUUCCUCCCCCGCGAAAGAAAGAAAAGAAACCAAAAGAGAAAUAAAUGCUCGCGACACGCUUAAAGUUCCUCAGUGCCAUAACGUAUCUAGCCUUAUGUUUUAUGUAUUGUGUAUUUAAUUUUGUGUAACGUAACACUUUAUCAUAGAUUUAUUAAUCAAACGACACGUCCAUAAUGUUAUAAUUUUUAUACGAUUUUUAAUGUGCAAUUUUAUUUAACAUUUAUUUA